AUGACUACUGACCUAUGUUUUGCCUUUGAUGACUUGGUUGAGACACAGUGCACGGUCUAUAUGCUGAUGGAUAAUGAAGCUAGGAGUGGCUAUUUUGCCUGGUGCAAUGCCAGAGAGCAUAUGAUCCGUCCCAAUUCCAAGCCAUAUUGGCAGUAUACCAUCCGAGCCACGGCGCAUCUCCGACUCCGCAUGGGCGAAGAAGCAUCCCUCAAAUGGGCUGCUGCGAUCUGCGCCUUUUAUAAUGACCUUGGGGCAAUGGUACGAGACUGUUUCUUUUCCACCGAGGUUGAGCACAUCGAGGAAGAGUUUCCUCCUAGCCUUUGA